UUCCAGCUGCCCACUCUGUGGGGAGUGCCCCCCAGUGGGCGGCUGCAAUGAGAAGCGCAUGCUGGCCAUGCUGCCGCACUGCGGCAAGACCUUUGCCGAAAGGAUGAAGAAGGUGGAGGUCUGGAAGUGGUGCAACUUGUCGGAGUUCAUUGUCACCGGCCAGGGCUGGGUUUGUAGUCAGGACCAGUGGACCCCAGAGAAACUGAACCCCGCUGGUUUCUACCUGGUGCGGCAGGAGCAGUGCCUCACCACAGAGGGCCCCACGUUCUAGAAGCUCCCGAGGUUUUUGAUCUCCUCUGGUCACACCUAGCAUCAAGUGUCAAGGUGGCCCUUUCACCUCCUCAGAAAUCACCGAUGGGCUGUGCCCGCCCUCCUCCACUUCCCACUUGGCCAUCUCAACCUGGUGCGCUGCUGGCGGCUGCUGCAGACUCAGACUGUCCUGUGAGCCGCGCCUGCCUGGGGGCCCCAUCCUCCCUGGGAGCCCUGGGUUUGCUCAGUCGCAUCAGCCCUUUCCCCUCCAAGACCCUGGCCCCUGUGCUCUCUGUCCCCAGUGGCUGUUCUAGGGGCUUCCAUGCCCAUCUCCCCAGGGGACAGUGGCUCCUUGUGGGCACGUCCACAGGUCCCUCGCAGACAUAGUCGUUUGCUGAAUCAAACGGUAUGAAAUUUCUCUGUCUGCUGGGAAAGGGGGCUGGGGACUCGGGAAGAGGCUUGGCCAGACUUCUUCUUGUCCUCUGAGCCUGGCCUGGAUGCCAAGCCUGGAGUGGACACACAGGGGUCAGGGGUAAGGGAGGAUGAGGUGGGCGCUUCCCAUCCUGUGCCUUUGUCACCUGCUAAAGCCUCAGCGAGGUGAUCAGACAUCCAGCCCUGGGGCCUGAGGACAGCAGAGGGGGCAGCCUGGAGGGGGCUCUGGGAGUUGGAGAGAGAGGGGCCGACAUCCACCUGAGUAGGGAAAUUUGCCUGGCGGGAGAGGGAGUCUGACAGGGGCGGUUUGCCUCGCUCCCGGCCUCUGCAUCCCCCUUUCCCAUCUGGGCUAUGGCUGCGUCUUCUCUUGCUCUGGGAGCCAGACUGAAGGGAGGACAUGGGGAGGCCCUGGGUGACCAGGGGACGCUUGGGAAGCACAGACCCUGUCGUGACCCUGGUUCUGCGAUGUCACACAAACAGCAGCUUCCUUGUGAAGAACACCCUGAUUUCAUCUCCAGCCUGAACUCGGGCUGGUACUACGAGAGCUUCACCAACUGCACCGAGGUGGAGACCAACGUGGUGGGCUGCUACUGGCCCAACCCCUUGGCGGAGAGCUUCAUCGCUGGGGUCCACAGGCGGUUCUUCCAGAACUGCUCCGUGGCCAGGCACCACUGGCAGGACCCCCCAGACGGAAUUCUCAUCCCGCUCAUCGCAGCGCCCAUCCUGCUGACCAUCGCCAUGACUGGCGUGGUGGUGUGGCGCAGCAAGCGCACCGCCCAGGUGGUGUGAGGGCCCGGUGAGUCCGAGGGGCCCCGCCUGGAGAAGCGGAGGAAAGUUCUCCGGUGCUGGGAGAGCCGGUGGACACUCUUCGGCUGCCCCCCACCCUGCCUGGGCGGGCUUUGGGCUGGUGAAAGAAAACGUGCCGCGGCUGGAGCCUGCGUGCUGGGCACAAGUCACCGCCGCUUCGCCCGCGCUGUCCCAGCCUGGGCUGGGGCCUCGGGGUUCCUAGCACUGAGUCCCGCGGUGCCCCAUCUGCAGCCCCGGGCAGACCCCGACCCCGCCUCCCAACUGACUCUACCCCUGGCCCCAGCCCAGCCCUGACUCCACCCCUUGGCUCUGACUCCACCUCCAGCCCUGGCCCCACCCCCAGCCCUGACCCCACCCCCAGCCCGGGCCCUAGCCCUGGCCCCACCCCCAGUCCUGGCCCCACCUCCCACUCUGACUCCAUCCCCAGCCCUGGCCCCGUGUCCAACUCUGACUCCACCCCCAGCCCUGGCCCCACCCCAGCAACGCCCUGGAAAGGUGUGCCUAUUCCCACCUGGCUGGGGGUUGGGGGAAGAGAGAUUGGGAGGGGGUUUUUGUAGGUCCUUGCUCCGCAGGUCUUGAGUCCUCUUGGUAGGGAGCCCACCUAGAGCUCUGGGAGACUGAGGGUUGGGUUGGGGGCUCCAAGGAGCCACUGCACAGCCUGAGACCUGCUGUCUGGGGCCACCACCAGGGGCUGGAGCUGGGGUGGGCCUCCUUCCUAACGGGCCCCCCACUGUGAGCAUGGCCUCGGGGUGGGGUCCCGUGUGCUCUCGUUCUGGCUGAGUUCUGUCUGCCAUGUUUGUGCUUUCUUUGAGUAAAAAGUCAUGCUACUUC